UGCUAGUUAUCUACUCUUAUGAUCCUGUUUACUAUAUUUCUAGUUUUUUUCGGAGUCGGUAUUUAGCAAGUUAUGGUUGAUAUCCAUGCUCCAACUUUUUACCGGUUUCAAUGUGCGCAAGAAAUUGCACUGAAAAUAAGGGAAAGUGUGAUGUUAGACCGUAGUUGGCUUGUGACGGUACGAUCGCUCCAUGUAAAUUAUAAAGAAAAAGAUAAAGUAGAAAUUUGCCCGUCGCAGUUUGAAAGAAAAAGAAAAGUAAAAGCGCAGUUGUUUGAAAGAAAAAGAUAAGUAAAAGCUCCCCUGCAAUGAUGACAUAAUCGAAUGAGUCCGGGCGGUAGCACCAUGGUCGCACGAAAAGUGGGGGUUGGGCGGCAGUUGUUGAAUCUGUGGCGAUGUUUGCGGGAUAGCUAUCGGCAUCGCAAAUUCGUGGCGAAGAAAAGUCCGCUGGACAUCCCUGACGUGUUUGUCAAGUACGAAAGCCGAGAGCAGUUUCCGCAUGCUAUCUACCCAGCAAUAGAUACUAUAGUUGUCCAGCAGCACCCGGCGUUUUGUGGAUUUGCAGCAGCGCAAACCAUAUCAAGUGCAAAAAUGUCUGGGUCUGGAAGGUUGGAACUUGUGAUGCUAACUUUGGACUCUAAAAAAAACUGUAUUGCAUGGCCAGCAAUAGGAGCCCAGUUUGUGGUACGCGGGGAGGGCGUUUGUCAUGCGGGAUAGGCAUCAGGAAGGCCUCUAAAAAUAUUUGAUGCCAGAUCAUGCAUUACAGACAUCCAGCAGAGUCAUGGAAAAUAUGCAUGACAAACCUGGCAACCUUCCAGACCCAGACAUUUUUGCAUUCCAUAAACCAUCGCACUCGCCAUAAACUGCCAGACUUCCGCCAGAAAUUCCUCCGCGGCGUCGACUCCUCGUACUUCAACAACCUCGAGAGAGCAGACGUCUUCACCAGCAGAAGCAUUGAGCCCUCGAACUCGCAGUGUUGCCAGCAGUGCGAAGACUAGUGUAGACGUUCGGCCUUCAUCAGGACGAGGAGAAUUAUCCGCGGUGGAGAGUGGAAGUGGCGUGUCUCACUUCGAGUUUAAUCCGGAUAGAGAGGCCAAAGAUUUGAGCUACGUCUACAUGGAAGAAAAUCGGUCGGGGUUGGACUUUAUGCACUGCAAAAGAAUAAAGAUCAGUAACAGUAUCGCACAUAAAAAUUGUAUCCACCUAGUAGGGCACAACUGCAGCAAUAUGAUUGAUUGCACCAGCGGCAAAUGCUCAUGUGUAUGCCAUCAACUUGGAAUAAGAAAACUUCUAGUUCCACCGCAUGCUGAUCUGGUGUAGAGGGACGAGAUAAUUCGCCAAGCGCUGCAAUUUGUCUUGGAUGCACACGAAGUUGCGCGAUGCUUUUCCUUUUCCUUAUCCUUUUGCAGCGGAUAGAUAUCCUGAGACCGCCGCUCUUCGUUUCUGCAGCUUCUCCUUGUAAUUCUACUUCGGUAAGCGAAAGGAAUAAAGGCGAAAAAUGGCCAAGAUGGAGCGGGAGCCUUUCCGACGAUUAUAAUGGCAACGUGAUCAAAUACGUGAAGGUGGCGUCUUCAACGGAUAAGAGGGGGUUUCCGCCCGAUCAGAACGUUGGGGACACUGGUGCGCAACCUCCGGAAUUCGCGCACGCAGACAGGUCGUGCUUAAGAACAAAUACGAGCGAAAAAAAGGCAGGCCCGGACGACUUUGGGCAACAUGAUGACCCUAGUAGUGCAACACCUGUUGGUGGGAUUUGCGGAAAAACCAGUUGCAGCUCCUACGCCAACCUGUCCUGUUCUGGCUUUGACAUAGGACGAGUUCCCGCGUCAACAUCACCUCGCUCCUCAGUCGGAAAUGAUCUUCAAACUGGGGCGAUACGACCAAGUGCAGACGGUGAUGGUGUCAAAGGAGAACAUCAUCAAGCCCUCGACGCAACCUCAUCCAGCACGACCACUUCGGGCAAUUAUAAAAAGAUCCAAUAUGUCAGACCUGCGUGCGCGCGAACCGGGUUCCAGCUUUCUCCCCAAUUUCGCUUUUAUGAUGUGUUUCAAGUCAACUUCCCGCCUGAUUUCUUUGUGCACUGUGGAUUCGCAAUCCUGGAUUACUUUCCGAACCAAGUAAAAUUUCGACUGCUCCAACAGCUCCUGAUGUACGACGGCGUCCCGCUGGUGUCUCUGCGCACGUAUUUCGAGACCCAGAUACGUUUGGCCACGGACCCUCAAUUUCACAGUCUAGACGACUGCAGCUGGUUCGGUAAAAACAAAGAAGACCAGCAUGAUCUCGCCGAGCCGCUGCAAAAUAAAACGUCUGAAGAUCAUGCCUCUCCAACGUUCUUAUCCCAACCCGCUGCGCGUCGACCUGAUGGAGUAGAUCGUAGUAGUACAAAGUGCGGUGCGAGCCAUGAGUAUCUGCUGCCCCCCGUGAAACGCACGGAGUACAUAAGCGGGGAUAGUCUAUCUUUGGACGAGUUCCGCAGAAACGUUUUGGAAAAGCUAGGCGUAAGACGACCAGGUCGUGGCACAGGCUCUCGCUAUCCACUCCAAAUAUAUCUCCCGUCGGACACGACAGAUUAUGCUGAAAUUCGCACUGAUUUGUACAAAUAUCGAAUGAUUUGGAUCUAGAAACCUCGAACAGCAGGCUGUACAGGCAGGUGAGGGAAACAAGCGUAGUUUUGCGGUCGUGCUGGCAGGGGCGGGCAGUUCUUGCUCUGUGUCUUAUCCAUCCUAAGGCAAAUUGCGCAUGAAUCUAUCCGCCGCGAGUGCAAUCCUUCGCGAAACUACGAAUUGCCUGAUCAUGUUUCUCUCAUGCAUAUACAUUCGCAUUCUAAACAGGACGGAGGUCCUUAAUAUAACAACCCCUGCCAUUGAGGUAGGGGGGGCCCGCUGAGCAGCUCACUAUCACAACAGCGACCCUCUGACGAUAGUCGAGAGUAGAAAAUGCAACCUUUUUGAGCACUCUAACUACAUAGCGAGAUCUGAAAGACCAAAGCACAAGAGCAAAAAGCUGCAAGAUGAAAAAAUAAAAAGUUCAGCCUAAACCUCGCCGAAAGCCCUAGACGAAAGAUUUGCACUCAGAUACUUUUUUACGUACUUGCACCCUCUUAGAGCUGACUUCUCUUUACUGUAGACGCCUCUGCCUCACAUCGCUUAAACACACUGCUGUUUUCUCGCAUCAACAAAAACGCAAAGACAUCAAAAUCAUGAGCAAGCCGAGCAAAAAAGGGAAAGGCAAGAAAGCCAAGAACGGCGGGAAGGCCGACCAGCCUGCCGCUUCCGCGACCCCGACCAAGGCCUUCACCCGCGCGCAAUACGACAUUGCGGUCUUGAAAGCUCGCAACAUUGUGUCCAUCCACGGAGUGGAGUGGCUGCCUCUCGCUGAGUGGAAGGAGGCAAGAGCCGAGGAGGAGAAACAGGCUGCUGAGCAAGCCUCGACUGGCGCGGCCGCCAGUAGUAGUAGCGCAGCACAGGCGGUGGCGCGACCGCCUUUCUCCCCGGGACACAAGACGAACUCGACCUCCACUGCCAUCAUCAAAAUUUCGCAGAUGAGGUUUCCGGAAAUAGUGGACAAGUGGAAGGAGAAGUUCAUCGAAGCCGUCGGCGACGCAGUUUCGCACGCCAAAGUAAUAGAGGGCGAAAACGUGCAGGAGCUGCACGAGGACGACGACGGUAAGCUGCAGCUAGUCGAUUUAAUGGACGAGUACGGCGAUGAAGACGAGAAAAAGAGCGACCGGCUAGCGGAGGAGAUGGCGCAAGCCGUCCGCCGCAUCGAGCCGGACUUUAUCGCCAACGUCGCAGUCUUCAAGUCCGGGCGGAUCGAGGUGAUGUUGAAGCCCAAUAGUGAAACGAUGAAGCUGCGCAGUUUGGUGCAAAGCCGCAAGAGAAACGUCACAAAGCAGUACUUGACCUCCCUGCAGAUCAAGGAGCACAUCGUCCGCAACCCGAAGGACACGCUGAAAAAGGAGCGCAAAAUCAACAACCGGGCGGAAGCGGACGAGAAAAAAGCGAUGGAGGGGAUCGAAGAAGGCGAUGGAGAGGAAGAAGCUGAGGGUGAAAAAGCGGACCCGUCCGCAAAGCGGCUCAAGAACGAGUCGAAGGGAGAUGCGUCUCCCGAAAGCCCCAGCUUUACCGAAGCCGAGGAUCCCGAUGCAAAAGAGCAGAAAAACAAGAACAAACGGACCAGGAGCAAGAGUUCGAGCAAGAAAAAUAAGAAGGACAAGGCAGCCGGCGGUGGCAGCGGGACCACCACUACCACCACCGCGGGCGGCAGCACUAGUUCCAACACUACGAUAAAGGCGGAGGCGAAGCAGAAGAGGAUUAUCGCCGGCGGUUCGCGGCGAAGGUGAUCGGGAUCUGCUCUCGAUCGCCAGCACGUCUUCCUUCGCGAAACGUCUAUCCGAGGAGUGCACUCUAGAAAUUUAAGACGUCUACACGGGGUGAGUAGGCGGGGCGAAGGUUCUGUAACAAUCAUGGAGUAAAGCAACUUUUUUCAUCACCGGUCCCACCAGCAACUGCAACGAACAAGUUCGAACCAACAAGCGACACACACGACUACCUCAGGGCGGACCACUCGGGUCAGCCCUUGCAUUUUGCAACGCAAGAAAGUCGGCACUUUGCCGAUCUAACUUUGAAGACAGAUAGCGGGACGCACGGACAGUGGCGCACGCAAGAAUCGUGUGAGCACGACGCACAGAGGUGCGUCACAUAGGCAAUCGGCUCGCCAAUCCCUUUGUUCUUAUUGCAGGCAGAAUAUAACACUAUCGACGAAUGUAAGAUGAGCGUCCCCCCGGGCGCGGUUUAGAAGCAGGGCGCAGGCAAUUAUUGUGUUCGAUCGGGAAUCUGAAGCUAUUUUUCACAGUACUACCAACGACAGAAGAAGUUCUAUACUUUCGUUUGGUUUUCUUAAGCCACCGGAAACGGGGCAGAGAGAAGACUAAACAUUGAGCGGGCGGAGGGAAGAAUACUGAGCGACCGGCGGACGACGUCGAGCUGCUUCAGGCGGAGGGAGCAACUUUUUCCGGCUCGAGAAAAGUCAUCACCCGAUUGAGUUUUUUGGCUCGAGGAGCGCGGCUCAAGCGGGAUCUGGCUCAAGCGGAGCGGAAUAGCAACCCGACUCAAGAUGGACAAGCGACAAUCACCAAAAACAAACCACACACAAGCCGCGCAGUCAGCUUCCGCGCAGGGGGAGCUCCCCAGCAGCGGCAGCAGUGCCAAGGGCACCGGAUGGGAAGCUCCCGCCCGAGACUGGCGGACGACGGCGAAAACAAAAACAGGACGGCGAAUAAGAAUAGGCACGUUUAACGUUCGGACGCUUGGAAAACGCGACGAAGGUCGCGACGUUUGGUCGGUCCAGCUCUUGUCGCUCGUGGACGACGCGAAGCGGCAAGGGCUGGAUGUUGUUCUGUUGCAGGAAACAAAAAUCCGAGAAUGGCUAGUAGGCGAACUUUGGCCGGGCGGGUUUCGAGCGUAUGGUGGGGGGGCGGCGUCGAACUCAGGCGGAGUACCGGUAGGAGGCACCGUGAUCUUGAUCAGAUCAAGCAUCAAAGUGGAAGACGUCAGUGACAUACAGCAGGAGAGGUUGGUCCGGAUCUCGAUCCGGGCCGGUUUCGGGAAGAGAGUGCACAUCUACAGUGCAUACGCCCCCACCAACGCGGCGACAGCAGAAGUAAAACAGAACUACUACGACCUGGUGCGUGCGGAGAUGGCAAAACACAGCAAACACGACAUCACCAUUUACGGGGGGGACCACAACUGCGAGCUGGGAAGCCCAGAGACGGAGCUUGCGAGCGCAGGCCUAAGUUACGUGGUUGGAAGAUGUGGCCUCGCCAGUGGUUUUGCGAUCCGCUCGGACAACCGAGAAAGGCUGCACGCUUUGGCGGCAGCACGCCAGCUGGUCGACCUUUCGAGCCUUCAGCGGAAGAAAUGGAGCCAGCGGCACACCUUCGAAGGGGAGUGGAUGUCUGAGGGCGUGCGGAGGUUGCGCGAAUACGAUCGGUUCUUGGUCUCGUUCCGAGACAAGGGCCUUUUCGAAAAACUUCGCGUAAUACGGGGCACCGCAGUGCAGAGCGACCACUGCCUGGUGGUGGUGGAGAUGAAGAUGGGAGCAAUAAAGAAACCGGCGGUGAAGAAGAUCCCCCCCCAGAUCAUCAGGCGCAAGGAAAAGGCGCAAGAAGCAGACAAACUAUUAGCAGCAAAGUACACCCCGGAAGUAAUUGCGCAAAUAGACACGGGGGAAAAAAACGCGGCGGCCACCUGGUCGCAGUUUCAGAAAGACCUCUACACCACCCUCGACAAGCUGAACAACCUGACCCCGGCCGGGCCGCGCAAGCCGUGGAUCACGGCAGAGACCUGGGGUAAGAUAGAGGAAAGAAGAAAAGCAAAACAGCACAACAAGAAGGUGACCGGACUAACAAGGCAGAUAAGCAAGCUGGUGAAGCGCGACCGAAUAGCAUGGGUGGGUGACAAAAUCGAAACGCUUAGGCGGGCAGACGAAUGCGGCAACACAAAAAUGGUGUACGAGACAGUGCGCCAGCUAUCAGGGCGGGGAAGACAAAGACCGCAGGAGCUGCCCGGCCCCCCGGAAGCAUGGACGGAAUUCUGGGGGGGCGUUUUUGGGAAGGAAAGGCCAGCAGCACCACCAAGCGCCCAGCAGACGAAAACGUGGAAGAGAUGCGCAGCAGCACUAGAAGAAGACGAGCCAGCGGCAGCCUGGUGCGGAGGCUUGGAUGAAAUUCCGACCGAAGCAGAAGUUGUCGCCGCGCUCCGAGAGCUGAAGCGGGGCAAGGCCUUUGCAGGGCCAAUCCCGGCGGAAUUCGCGCGUGAAUGCCCGACGGCCCAGGCCGUACUAGUUUCCCUAGUGCGCCGAAUUUUCAGAGGGGACGACAUUCCCCCUGAAUGGGGCGAGGCGGUAGUGGCGAUGCUUCACAAGGACGGCGUGAAGCGGGACCCGAAGAACUACCGGCCGAUAGCACUCAUAACCCUGGGCGAAAAGUUGCUCGGCUUGGUGAUCCUGAGGCGGAUCGAAGACGAGGCCAACAAGCACAUGAGCCCAAAGCAAAAAGGCUGCCGCCGCGGGUUAUCCUGCCGGCACGCAGUCUUCCAGCUGCUGCGGGACAUCGAGAAAAACAACAGGGAGGGGCGCAGGGCGUACUACACGUUCAUAGACUUCCAGAAAGCUUUUGACAGCCUCGCGUGGUCGGUUUUGUUUCCGAUUUUGCGGAAGCAGGGCCUGCCAGAAAACGUCUGCAAAGUGGUGCAGGACAUGUACCAAAAAUGCGCGCAAGUAGUAAUACGCUUGGGCGACAACAAGAGCGCCCCGGCGUUCAAACAGAAGAGCGGGAUCAGGCAGGGGAGCGGCCUGAGCCCGCUCCUUUUUGCGCUCUGCCUGGACUGGGCGAUACGGCAAUUCGUCAAGACAAUGGCGGAAGAGCACGGGUGGACCGAAGACGAGGCAUGGGCGCACGCCCUGACUUGGUUGGGGUUCGUCGACGACCUCGUCGUUAAAGAGACCAGCAGGACGGCGGCGGAGUUUGCGCUCCGGGAAUUAGCGGCUGCGUGCCGCUUCGUCGGCCUGGAGCUGAACGUAAAAAAGACGAAGGCCAUGCCGGUCAACCCGGAAGUAGAGAAGCGACGAAACCCUGCGGCCCUGAUGGAGAGAAUAGUAGUAGACAAGGAAGAGGGGUGGCUGAUCGACUGGAGCGGCGCGGACUGGAGCGACGAGUGGAGUGCUGAAGUAAGGCAUUUACCAAGCCCGCGGGAUGAGUCCGGCGAUCUAGUUCCUACACAUUUCGUUGUGUGGGACGACCCUACCCUGGGUAUAGAAGUGGCAUCCUGCAAGCAAUCCGGGUGGGCGCGCACACACAGCGGGGAGAACAUAAGAACUCAGAGGCUGGGUCUGAAGAAGUUUGUUCUGGCCGAGAAGAACAAAUUUGUGUGCGCGCGCUGCGACGACGUCCUAGCGGACGAGACGGCGCUGCACUUCCACCAAGCCACGGGCUUCUGUCGCCCGGUGAAAACGCUGAAAGAACUCAGAACCCUGCGGGUCAGCCGCAUGGUGGAAGAGAAGAAGAAGCAAAAGGCGAAGACCCUGGCGCCGGAAGGCGUCCCCCCCUUCGAGUAUGAUGGGGGGGCGAUCGAGAUAGUAGGCUGCUUCAAGUACCUGGGCACCGAAGUGGGACGGGACGGCAGCACAGAGGGGGAAACGGCGCGGCGGUGUGUGAUCGCCGCCGGGGCCGUUCAGCAACUCGCCCCCGUGUGGCGAGACAGUUCGCUGCCGGUGGAACUGCAAUCCGACUUAUACCGGGCACUGAGCGUGAGCGUAGCGUUGUACAACGCAGAGACAUGGACCACCACAACAGCACAGGGCAGUAUCCUGCGGCGGUUCCAAGACUCCGCUCUUCGCGAAAUUCUGGGGGGCCACUUCCGAAACGAGGGGAGAAGCAGGGCCGAGCUCUGUGAGGAGCUCGGGGUGCAGCACAUUGAGGACGAGGUCCGCGCGAAAAGGGUCGCGUGGAUCGCCCACGCCUGUCGGGGAGACGAAAACGAAGGAUCUUUUGCGCGCGUCGAGGCUGAGAUCAAGAACAGAACUCCCUGGGGGAGACAAGCGCAAGAAGACCUUGACUACUACGCCAUACCACUGGAAGUAAUCAAAGAAACCAAACCGACGGGCAUCGCAAUCCGGGCCACAAUAAACACCGCCAAGCGGGUAAAGGCAGUAAAGAAGCAAAAGGGCGCAAAAGCAGGCGCGCAAAAAAGCAAGAAGCGGACAGCGAUGGAAGAAGAGAGGCGAAGAAGACUAGAACAGCAGCGGGAGGAACAAGAAGCAAAGAACAGGAAAACGCUGCAGCGAAUCAACGGGAAGGUGUGGCAAAAAAGACCACGGCCCAAAUACAACUUCUUCGUCAAAACGGAAAGCGGCGAAGAGCUGCAGUUCAGGGCCAGUGGCUUCUUUUUCUGCGAGAACACGGGAAAGGAGGAGGCGAUGGUUUACGGCGUCACUUUCAAACAAGACAGCAGUACAAGAAUUUGGGUCGCCGAUGACCUACCCCCCGAUGAUGAGUAACGCCCGCCCGGGCACCAGAUAGUGUUAUGCUGCACAUCCGAAAGUAGAACUACAGAAAGUCUACAAAAACAAUAGCCGGAUUAAGCAGUCAGUCAGUCAGUCAGUCAAACAGGACGGAGACGAUAUCGCUCAUUCUGCCUUUCAUUUCUAAAAUCGGCACCACAAUAAGUUUAUGCCACAGCUGACGGCUGAAGACGCUAAGGCCAAGGGUCUCAGACCCCACCACAGCACGCGUUUGCUCAAAAGCCUAAAGAGGACCGCCGGGAUUGGCCACGGCCUGAUAGAUAAGACAAAAAGAAAGCUUUUAGAAAGAAAAAGCGUUUAUGUGUUCUAUCGUCACUCGAGCUGAGAGCUCGCCUAUUUCGUUUUGAGGCAUCGCAAUAGAGUACUGCGAGUACAGAUUGACAUGAGGCUACAUUGAUAAUCGAUAUGCGUGCUUGGCCUUUCGCGGUUGCCAGUUCGUUAGCGCAGUUGCAGUCAAACAAUAACAAAAACAAGAAACAACAAACAGAUAACAACUUGGGGCAGAGGAAGGGGUGAGUUUGUAUGAUUUUGUAUGUAUAGAAAGUGUGUAAGUUCUACCACCCCGGAUGCCCCAAGAAAUCAAUGGUUGCGCGUUCUUUCUAAAAAAACGAAAUAGGCGAAGCUCUCUCUUUUUUCACAAGCGCAUAAAGAUAUCCAAUUGCUGCAAUGGUAAAAAAGAAAAAUCAAAUCAGGCACUGUAGUUAGGACAAUGAAUCAAACCAACGGGGAAGCGUGACUCUAAAAAAUGCAUUUUCCGGAACUUUUACAUCGUCGGGCAUUUUUUUUACAAAAGAGAUCCAAAAUAGGAGACCGAUAGUUCGAGCGAGAGCAUCUUCACACUAGUUUCUGCUCCCUUCUAUAGGAUUCUGGUGUUUAGGAGUUCUCGCUUAUGUUCGACUGCGCAAAAGGGCUUUUUCUUCCCCCUUAGAGGUCUCUAGAGUCACGCGCCACACAAAUACCAAACCCACGCCGCACUACCCAAAUAAGUUCUUUUUUUUUUUCAUAAGAAGAAGGAAGCAAAAAAAGAGAGUCAGUGUAGGAGAUAGGACAUAUACGCAGCUGAGAAAAGCGCAAGAAAAGUACAGAGCGCAUGCACGGGGGGAGAUUCUACAAUAUAAUAGAGAAGAAGAUGGAAACAAAACAAAAACGAAUGAUGAUGAAAAUGAAACUCAAAGCAAAAAUUUAUAGUGAGGCGCAGCUAUAGAAGGAAUAAGAAAAAACUCAACAAAAAGGCGAAACAUUCUGAAAGAAAAUUUUUACGAGGAUGACAACACUACUUCCGCCGCUGGACGAGGACGAGCCGAGCAACAGCGAGAGCGGGAGUCUAGCAGCAGCGAAGCAGGCGCUGGACAAGUACGAGAACACAAAAGGGCGGAAUCGGAAAAAAAAAAGCCGGAGGAAGAAGAAGGGCAAGCGCAGCGAUUCGUCUAGCGAUGACGACAAACAGGAGAACCAAGACAAGGCAGGAGAUAGCGACAUGGAGAGUGCUAUUGCUACGGGGGAGGACAAGCAGGGCUUGGACAAGAGCGGAGAGGUGCAGCAGGACCAGCAGGUGCUGAAAAGAAACGGACAACGCGGGAGACAAGACCGACCUGGUGCACAGUCAAAAUCGGAGAGAGACGACGCAACGGGGAAAACCACGAAGAAAGAAGAACACCGGGAAAAGCGUAGACGACAACGCGGCUACACCGAAACUAGACCCGGUAACUGGACUGCCACUGCCAUUGGAAAAUGGCAAUCAAGCUGCAGGGACAAGGACCUCAACCAGGACGAGGAAGUCGAAAAAGAUGCAUGAGGAGAGUCUUGUUUGUAAUGAAAUACCGAAUGAAGAUGAGGACUCAAAUAAGCACUACAAAGCGCAAGCACUGACACACGAAGAAGGCCUCCUGGAAGAUGUUGCUCUGCAGAAAAAAUUGACUUUGAUAGGACCAGGAAGGUGGCACUUGUGUGGUGGCUGCUUGCAUGCAACAAAGGCAUCCAGCUCGGCGGCCUAUCUUAAUCAUGUCAACAGAUGUAAGAAAGUUGCGCCUUCACAUAGAAGCACGACGAUUGAUAAUGUGAAGCCGAUGCAAGUUUUCGAAAUAACAGAGCUUGAUAGUGAUGAGCUACAAAAGCUAGAAGCUGAUGCUCUAACAGCCACGCAGACCUUCUGCGUUGAAGAAAAAAAGAAAAGUGCGCAGCUGACAUUUGUGAUGCCGAAUCAGAAACAGAUGCACCCGAUGCAAAAGAAUGAUCUAAAGCGAUACACAUGCUUGAUAUGUGGAACGACAGAAACAGACUCUCUGAAAGACAUAGACUCGCAUAGAACUGGUUGCCGGAGUGCCCAGAAUGUAAUGCGACCGCUGCUGCAGGAAGGAAAAUUUGUCUGGCAGUGCAGAACGUGCUCGGCGCAUGCAAUGGGAGAAGCAGGACAUCUAGCAAAGCACGCGAUGGACAAAAAAGCCAAGGAGGUGGAAUACCCUGGAGCAGAUAUGCAAGAAAUGCGAGAACAUUAUGUUCAGUGGGAGGAUGUAUUUCGCAUGUCUACAAAGCAACAUCCAAAGAAAUCAGUAUUAGAACCGCUAGUAGUUAGUACGUUCAACGUACAGGCGCUAACAGAACGGAGCCAAGUGAAAAGCUUCAUAUUGGAGAAGAUUCGUGAUAAAGAGCUUGGCGUCGAGUUUCUUGGUUUACAGGAGACUCAUCUCUCUGAUAUUGAAGAUGAUGACUUUAUCAAGGAAAUUUUGGAAGAAGGUUUUCGUGUUUUGAUAUGCAAGCAAAAAACUCGCUCUACUGAAAGAGGCUGCUCCGCGUCUCUGAUCAAGACAAGCAUCGACUUUUUAGGUAUUACUGGCUCAGACGAUGAAGAAGCUGUAGAAAUCUCAGGUGCGUUGUUACAGGUCGGAUCUUUUGGAUUCGAAGUGCAGAAUUUUUAUGCGCAACAUGAUGCCCUGCGUGCAAAGCACUUAAAUGAUGGCGCAGCAAUUAUGCUUGGAGAUUUGAAUGCAAGAAGUAGCGCAUGGGAUGCCAGCUGCGCAAUUGAAAAUCCAAGUGGGCGCAUAGUCAGAACGUGGCUAAAAGAGCGCGACCGAGGCGAUUUUAUGAAAAUCGCAAAUGACAGAGAAAUCUUUACAAGAACGACAAAGAACAAUGUGAACACCUCCCCAGACAUAAUUUUCUACAACGAAAAUCACUUCAAAUUAAAAAAAUUUGAAGUGAUUCAGACCACAACCUCGGACCAUAAUAUGGUGACUGCGCAACUGAACUUUAGUCAGGAGGUACAGGAAUCGGUGGCAGUGGACUACGACGGGGAGGAGGGAGAUGCAGGCAGUGACGAAGAGGAAAAAACUAAAUUUGAGCCCAGGUUUCAGUUUGAAGCAGGUGUACGAAUCGAAGAAAUGAAGUGGAUUGAAGAAUACAGUAAUAAUCUCUACAGUCGUACUCGAGAUAGUCGAUUUCUCAUGCAGGGUUGGUCUGAUUUGAAUGAAGAUGCUGCGCAGGAAGAGCUUAAACGCUUUAGAGAAAUGAUGUUUGCUGCUGCUAUGGAUGAGGUUCCGCAUACAAAUAAAGACAGGGCAAAACUUAGCCAGAAACAGAAAGGAACAAAAAUGCGGAAGACAGCAGGCGCAAGCACAUCAAAAGCACAAAAUAAGCAUGGCAAAUUUGUAAAGAAGAAACCUGAAGAAAGCUCAAAUUGCAUAGGUGCUGGAAUGGAGAGUGCGGAAGUCGAGGCUCCUUCUCGAUCUCGGAGCGAGACCGAUCAGCAACCAUCUUCGCAGCACCGCUUCCAGUUUAUGAGAAAACGCAAACGGCCAGAAGCUACAUCAACGACCAGCAUGAGUGUGGAAAAUAUGCAAGUUUUACCGGAGGAAGAGAAAUCAGCUCUCCUGGUAGGACAGGGAGAGGCUUACACACCUGGAGAACGGGCGGGACCAUCAUUGAAGGAUGAAGCUGCAAGUGACGAAGAGCAUGAUGAUAGUGCGGAUGUUGCUGCAAGUCCAGGAGCAGCAGGCAAGAGCAAGAAGAAAAAGAAGACCCGUACAAAACUUGAACGAACUCUACACGGACUACGAGCUAGCACUGCAGGACUACAAGAAAACGCAAGUGCUACACCUGACCGGCAAGAUCAACAGGGCUACUGGGCUAGAACAUCAUAUGAGCAGGACGGGCGACAACUCGGGGCUUCGCAGAUUUUUGGUGCUGGAGCAGCGGAAGCGAAAGCAGACGCAGAUGGAGGGGUAGAGCAGCGUGAUACUAUCCAGCGCGAAAGGGAAGCGGAUGGAGGGCAUCAACAAGGAGAGGCGGAUGUGCAGGACCAGCAAGCGCCGGAGGAUGAAGAUAUGAUGGAAAACGAGGACACAGGCAAGAACAAGGUCGAUAUGAAUGCAAUGGGACCCAGAGAAUUUUGGCAGAAUGUCAAUAAAAAACGCGGCAAAACAGGCUGGAGAGCAUCUGCAUUCCCCCGAGCAAUGGUCCGUCGAAAUAAACGACGUGCAUAUGUGCAGCGGAUAACAGGAAAAGAUCCUUUGACAAAUGAAAAAGCAAGCAAAAUCAUAAAAUCUCAAAAAAUAACUAACCCGCCGCUGCCCUCGGAAGUAACUACGGAUCGCCGCGAGAUAGUAAAUCUAUUUCAUAAGCUAUAUAAGGAGCGUCCAGCACAGGUAUAUAGGGAUGAAGAAUUAGAUUUAAGCAAGAUAACUAACGAAAAAAAGCUAGAAGAGAUAAAUAACGAUGUUCGUGCUGCUGCAAAGCAGCGAGCUAGCUCGGGCGUGUUCAGGGAACUAACUUAUUUAGAAUUUCGCGCAGCAGUAAAUAAACUAGAACGGGACAAGUCGCCAGGCUUCGACUAUCUACCGCGUGAACUAGUUAAAGGCUUAGACGGAAAAACUGAAGAGCUUUUGUAUAGGCUUUUCUAUGUUUUGAUUAAGUGCGACGCUUUUCCGGCGAUAGGUAACUGCGUUAACCUAGCUCCUGUGCAAAAAACAAAAGGUGCUCCGUACUGUGAACAGCUAUGCCGACCGGUGUCGUUGCUCAGCGUGUUCUCUAAACUAUAUGAAAUAAUUUUAGAUAGAAGAUUUUGUCUUUAUCUAGAAGGGUUCCGGUGGGCGGGCAGUAAGCUAGUUAACAAAGUAGAAGAAACUCUGCCAAAAAAUAGCCUUGCGCAUCGGCAAGGAUACAGCAAAGAAGAUUCAUGCGUAAGGUUGAUAGAUUUUCUGUUUGCAAAGUUCAAAAAAGACAUGGAAAGUGGAGGAAACUUUGAACGAGAUAAAUUUGUGGCGCUGUCGGAUAACACAGCGGGAUUUGAUGUAGUAGAUCGCUAUACGCUACUAAGAACAAAUUUGAUGCUCGGAAUUCCGCCUGACUUGUAUGGCGCAGUAGCGCAAUGGCUACGAGGGCGGACCAUCAAAAUACGAGAAGGAAGCCGCCGCUGGGCCCUUCUCCCUGGCAUGCCGCAAGGGUCUCCGCUUUCGGGAGGAGCCUGCAACAGCCAUCGCGUUUUGAUGUUGCGCCUGCUAGCCGUAGCAAACCCGGGCGGACUGGUAAUACAGUACUCGGACGACAACCUACUAGCAGGAUUCACAGAAGACCUGCACAACCUAAAAAAAGAGCUGGCGAAAAUCGCGCGGACCUUUUGCAUUUUUUUCGAGAACGACAAAAGUGAAGUGGUGAUAUACAAGCCGUAUUUCCAAGGCCAGAAAGUAAAGCCAGCGAGAAGCUUAGGCUUUUUGUAUGAUGGGGCGUGGGACUUUCAGAGUAUGCGUGGCAAAAUAGUAACGGACAUGGCACGAGAAGCCAAUGUGGUGCUGAGUUUGAAGUCCUUGCGAAUCAGCAAAAAAUGCGAUACUUUUGAAGCACUUUGUUUCUCAGCAUUAUCAAGCAAUGGCGCGCCAAUGUAUCCCUACUUUUCAAGAGACAACAAGAUAGGGCUUGAAAAAAUAGUUGCAACAAAGUUGAAGCAGAUGCUGAAUCUGCCAAAGCAAACGCCUUCAAGUGCGUUAUUUGAAUCAACAGGACUGCACCGACCCCACCUCAUGUUUUUGGUGGAAUGUUUAAUGCUAUUUUACAAAGGUGCUGCGAGAGGCAUAUGGCCACUAGAUGGCGAGACUCUUGAUGAAGGAGUUGAUUCGCAAUUAACAAAGGCGGAGCUAUUGAAUCCCCUUGCCGCAAUUCCCAUUAGAGAAAAAUGGACGAAAAUAAUGCGAACGAUUUCAGUGCAUCGCAUGGCAGACAUGCAUGAACAAAUGCGCAAACAGCCAUUGCAGAUAACGCGAAGGGAGUGGAAAGGUUGCAGACUAAAAGUCAAAACUAUGGACGACGUGGGGAGGGAGUUUGGAUAUGCUAAGCUUAGCGCCAUGCGCAACACGGCGGAGCUGUCAAGGGCGAGACUGCGAAUUGCCAUGCAGCAUGACCUGGAAAUCCGUGAAAAACUUCGAGACACCAGGAACAUCGUCAUUGCAGCAGACGGAUCUGUUUCAUCGCGAGAAAAUAUGGGAGGAUGUGGCGGCGCUACGUGGUGGCACAGUAAGGAGCUGGAUGCGGAAUACAUCGGCGAUCCCGUCAGAGACAUUCAGCCGCUUGAGCCUAUAAUCGUAUCCACAGCGGUAGUAACAAGUGGUAUGGAUGAUAUUUCUGUUGAUAGUUUUGAUGCUGAAACUUUUGCGCUGAAGAAACAGCUGCGAACCACCAGCGAGUUCGUGAAUGAAGUGGGCCUGUGGGGGAUUGAGAGUGUACUUGUGUAUGGAGACCCGAGCAGUGUGCUUGAAGCAUUAAAAAAUUAUAAUGACAAGUCCAGCUACCAGGUUUAUAUGAUAGAGCAAGAAUUGGAACUGCUCAGAGAUGUUUGUAUGCGAAAACAGCCAGGCACUGCGCUGGAACAGAUGGCAAACGGAAUUGAUCCGGAAAAGGAAACUUGUUUUGAAGCCACAUGGACCCCAGGCCACUGCCAAAAUUAUUUUAAUGACUGCUGCGACUAUCUAGCCUCGAGAGCGAGCCAUCGAAAAGCACAAAACUGCCAUGCGCCUAGGGCUUCAAGCUUCUUGCUUUGGAAAAAUCAUAUCCCCCUCCAUCUUGCGCCGCGUUCUCUUCUCUCGAGCCGCUAAAUGGUUUAGCCCGAAUGACAUCGACACUUGCGCCCCCUUCUUACUAAAACGCGCUCUCGCUCUGGGAGCUUUUCGACCAGGGGCAGGCAUGCUGCCAAGCAUAGUGACAGAGCAGUUGUAUUUUUACUUCUGGGCUGGUGUUUUCGUUUUCCCAGCAGGCUUUGGAGGAGCAGGAAACUAUAAGUACAAAAAAGGAAUUUUUCACCAAACCUGCAUGCUCUGCGGCAAAGAACAUUUUUGCCAUGCUACGCACCUGCUGUGCUCGUGUCAGGUAGUCCAGCAAAGUCGACAGGAGAUCUUCAGCCUGUCAGUACUACCAGAAUCGGAGGAGCGACAUGUACUGGGGCAACCACGAAAAGUUUUUCAGUUUCUUCUAAAAGCUGACGAGCAGAAGGAGUUCAUGAAGGCGUACACGCGGCAGGAUAUCACGAAGAGGAUAGAUAGAAUUGGAGAAAAAACUAAGAAACAGCCAAAACAAAAAGAAAAGCACGACAACUAUUACGAAAUGCUCCAGCCUGACUUUUUUAGUAUACGAGAAGAGUUCAGAUGUAUUGACGAGUAUCAGGGGCAAUUUCGAUAAAUGUACAGAAGCAAGUUGGUGAGCUGUCACAUGCAAAAAUUUAUAGUCGUCAUACUUUUUCUUGUUGUAUCAGGCAACAAGCAAUUGCGCGUAGCAGUCUUUUUAUGCCAAAUCUUUUUUAAAAAAAAGCAUACUUUUGCAACAGAGGGAUGGAGUAUGAGAAACGAAGCGCGCGCAUUCUCCGCUGCGUGUAGUUCUUGACGCGGGAAACUAGCACCGGGAGUAGUACAUGUACGGGGCAGGAAGAGAGCGCCUGCAACACCCGAGGGAUGAGCCGAGCAUCCCUAGUAGCUAGCAUGAGCACGGACAUGCGCUACAACAUGGAAGGCCCUAUGCGAAGUGAACGAUAAAGCUCUACACACAGAGGAGAAUUUGCGCAAAGUAGUUUUGGCUCCUUUUGCGAGAAUUGCGAUGCCACAGGAGCAAGUCACAGACACAAAGAAGUGCGACAAUUUUUGAAAGAGAUUGAAAAAACAUGUUUUCUGCAUGAAGAGAAACUUCUGAGCAAGGCAGAUGCACACAUGCUGAUUGGAAAUAUGAAAAAAUUUUGUGGAGCUCCUCUAUAAAAAAAUGGAAGCGCUGCGCUUUUGAGUUUUGAAAUAAGCAUGACACACAGAAGGGGGGAGGACUGUUCCGAAAUUAUUCAGACGCUAUUCCCAAGGGGAGAAAUGAAAUGGAGUGGGAUGCAAAAUGGCCGGCACGAAUAUUCAUCAAAACGAGAAGAACUCUUUGAACAGCGAGAGAUGAAAAAGUGGCGCCUUGAGGAUAAGCAAAAGGGACAGUAUGAGUUGAUUCAAUGUAGAAACUAAUAAAGAAAUAAAGAAGCGAGAACAAAAGUCAGAUGUUGUAGAAUCUCCCCUCGCUCUACCUAUCUGCUGCGCUGAUUCUCUCAAAAUAGCGCCUGGACUUAGAGCUACAACAUUGCGACGCGCCCAGCUAUGCAUGUCAUAGCAUCCCUCGAUCUAAAAGUUGCCUCUUGAAAGCUCAUAAGUAUGAGUGCUGUUUCCCGCUCGUUAGGAAUUACUAGAGGCGUGCGGGGCGGUUUUGUGGGCAUUAGGGACAGGUACAGAAACACCACCAAAGAUGGAAGAGCAGCGUAGCGCGAGCGAUGUUGCACUACUAUGGUUGUCGCCUCAUUUGCGCAGCAUACGAGCAGGCAGCCUGGUGGUGUGACUCACUGCCUACUGACCGAUGUGAACAACUGUAGCAUUGUCGCGAGGAGAAGGGGCGAGCAGUCUGGAGCCGCAAGGCGAAGGGGUCAGAUGGCAUUUACGAACCACGAAUAGAGAACCGCGAAGGAACAAGGACGACGAGCCAAGAUCAUUCCAUUUUCCGAUCUGAAGUUGUCUAUGUGCUAACUCGCUGUUUUUAGUUUGUGAUUUGUAUGUUAAAAAAAAAAAAAAUAAGUAUAUCCUAGUGUGCAUGGUCUUUUUUUUGGCAAAGCCGGAAGAUAUAUUUGGAAUUGAUAGUGCUACAACGACGAGCAGCGGUAUUAAAGCAGAAGAUGAGGACCCCUUUCUUGCGAUCGUUUCCUACUCCAGGACGGCGGUAGGACAAAAGCAUUUCUCAGGGGGACACGUCGCGCCAAUUGGCGGUUACGAUCCGGAGAAUGAUCGGGUUCUCAUCCUCGAAGUGAACGUCUGGAGGUACCCGUCUGUCUGGAUACCCACGGAACUUCUAUGGCGAGGCAUCCGCACCACCACUGCUGUAUGCAUUGCAAAAGUAUCGUACUCGUACAAAUGCAUUACAAAUUUCCUUAGCAUGACAAAUUGAGUUUGUCAUGCUGUUUUCGCGUAGGAAGGCGAAUUGUCAUGCAUAAUUGCGAUUACUACGAGUACGAUACUUUUGCACAGAAUAUGCUGUCGGAAUUUCUCGGGGGCUUCUUAAAGUCUAUUACGAAGUGGAUCCAGCACUGGGCGGGGGCUAG